GUAAGCCAUAUCGAUUUAGCAUUAUUCACAAACCGAAAUGCUAUACAAAAUGUUAUUGUUAAUUCUGGUUUUAUAUUUUUUUCUGUGUCCAAUAGCAAUUACAGAAAAACAAGUUACAGUGAAUAUUGUUUCGGGGUAACGCAAACCAGUAGUCCAGUUCAUAUUUCUAAAAUGCAAUCUAUUUUUGUUGCGGACCAAUAUUUGUUUGGAAUAAUAACGACGUUUAUAUGUUUAUAACGAAAUCAUAACACCUACUUUUUUAAAGUUUAAGUGUAUAUACUUUUGAAAGCGGAGAUAUUCAUGAAAAGCGAAGAAAUAAGUUUUAUUAGAAUGUUUAGCCGGUUUUCACACAUCUUUAAACAUCAUAAACUUUAAAACCAGCUUUCAUAGUUAUGACGUUAAUUAAGUAAAUGCGCUUGGUGCCAGUAUUCCGAAUUUCUACAACACAUAGUUAAGCGAUAUCUACUGUAUUAGUAACUGAGAGGGAAAUGAAUCCGAUCGAAGCGCAUGCGAAAUUCCAUAGUUCGUGGCCCGGUGACAAUUUUUCAUAUUUAUCAUUGUUCUGUUCUAAUCGAAGCUGACAAACACAAAAAAUAAAGAACCGAAAGCAGAGAAGAAAUGAUUGAACAAGUUUCUUGUGCGUAUCAAGCGGCUGGCCAUUUGAGCGGACUUGGCCCGAUCCCCGGACUCGUCGCUAAGUUUAGUCUGAGCUUAGAACUCGGCGCGACGUGUUGAUCAAAUCGCUGAAAUGUGCUAGAGCAAACCAGACGAACCGAAUAAAAAUAAGUGUUAAGAAGAAUUCAGCAAGUGAUAUAAAAUGGCAAAGCCAAGGUCGUCGGGGAAUGCGGCUGGAAAUGGGAACGGAGGAGCGCCGGAUGCGGAGCCCAAGCUCAACUAUUUCCAGAAAUUGUGGCGGUACCGCCACUACCUGGUCAUAGAGCCCUUCUUCUUUUUCUACUUCAUGGCCUCCGUUUUCAAUGCGGUGGCCAUGCAAAAUUUCCCCUUGGACAAGGCCUGUCGUGUGAAUCUGGGAUACAACAAGGUCGUCUGUGAUACAAUGCUGGACAAAUCCGAGCUGGGCAUCGAAUGCGAUGGCUUCGACUUUGAGAACACCACUCAGGGCGCCACUCCGGAUCUUGCUGGCCUGGUGAUUGGAGCAACUGGAUUCAAUUAUACGGUGUGCAAGGCGGAACUCGAGGCACAGAUCCUGGCGGCAGAUGUGUCCGGCAAACGUGCCCCUAUGGCUGCCAUUUUCCCCCUGAUUGUGCUUCUUUUCGCCGGAGGCUGGGCAGAUCGAUACAAUAAACGCAAGCCCUGUAUGAUAAUGCCAAUUGUCGGAGAAGCAUUAUCCUUCACAUGUCAGAUCAUCUCUUCAAUUUUCUUUGAUUCGCUGCCCAUGGAGUUUGGUGCUUAUUGUGAAGCCAUUGUUCCGGCUCUUUUCGGAGGAUUGACUUUCUGUCUAAUGGCAAUUUAUAGUUAUAUCACCAUUGCCACGCCCGAAGAGGAUCGUGUGUUUCGUUUUGGCAUAUUUGCAAUGUUUGUAACCGGAGUUCCAUUUAUAGGACAACCGAUCAGUGGUGUACUCUUCACUACAUUGGGUUAUACUUGGUCUUUUGCAACAGCCAUCGUUUUCCAGUUGAUCGCGAUAUUUUACAUUAUUUUCUUUAUAAAAGAGGUGAAGAGCACCCCUUCAACUACCGCCCAACCCAAUGAGCCACCACCACUGCCCACCACCUUGCCGCCCAAGCAGCAGGGUGCCGACAAUAUGGCCUACGAGACCACGAAUGUGGAUGAAGUGCAGGGUAACAAAAAUGUUAACUUCCAGCUUACUCCCCAUAUGGAGCCCAAGGUGGAGGUGAUGCCUCCGAAACGCUCCCUUCUAAAGGAACUCUUCGAUCCCACUUUGGUGCUGGACUGCAUCCGGUUUCCGCUGAUCAAGCGACCCAACAACGGACGCAUGCUCCUGAUCCUCCUGCUGUGUGCCUACUUCCUGACCGUGGGUCCCACAUCGGGCGAAAACGACUAUUGGUAUCGAUUCACCCUGAAAAAGCUCGCCUGGAACGGCAACGACUUCAGUAUUUACUUGACCUUGUCCAGUGGUGCCGCCCUGGUGGGCACCUUCAUUGGAACCGCCAUUCUGAGCAAGCUACUCAAGGUUUCGGACUCGAUGAUCGGCAUGCUUUCCGCCUUGUCCAUUGUCUGCUCCCGCGUUCUUUUUGCUUUCUCCAGCACCACUACCUCAUUUUACGUGGCAGGAGUGGUGGACAUGUUUGUUAGUUUGCGAGUGAUUGCCAUCAAGACCAUCGGUUCAAGCAUCGUGGCCGGUGAUGAGCUGAGCAAAAUGUACUCCAUCUUUGGCAUCAGUGAGCCAAUUGCGCAAUUCAUCUUCCCGCCCAUUUUCAGUGAGAUUUACAAAAGCACCGUUGACUCAUUCCCAGGUGCUAUUUGGCUGUUUGGUGAAAUCUUUUAUAUUCCCAAUGUCUUGGUCUUUGUGGUGUGCUUUUUCCUCCUGCGACGUAGAAAGGCCAAUGAGGAAAAGAGUGCCGUUGAACUGGAGCAGAACGGAGCCAAUGGUGCCAAUGUGCCCGAUAGCGAAAUAACUAGUCUAUAACGUAAUUAAUGCCAGUCCGUGUUAUAUAUUUUUUAUAUUUAUAAUAUAAACUGUAUAUUUUUGUAUAUUUAUAAACGAUUUUUAUAUUUUGUGAAUAUCCCA